AAUCAUCGGACGCCAGCAAAAAAGACAUAGGUUGGAAUUAUGGUACCAAAGGCCCAACAAAAGAUUCAGUCACAUGUAUUUUAGUGUUACUUGUCUUGUCACUUAUGAAUUAUUGAGUCAUUGACUCAUUCAAGUUCUAGACUUUUAGUAUCUACUAUCUACUUUUAAUUUUUGAAUUGAAAUAUUUGCUAAUAUGUUAUUGCUAGUGAGAUUUUGAUUAUUUACAUAUGCAAUUAAAUAUUUUAAUUUUUUGGUAUUUAUUGGAGCCGCACUUCAAAAAGGCGACCGCCUCGCCGCGCCUUAAGGCGAGGCAGGCCCUUGUCGCCUUUUGUCGCCGCGCGCCGUCCAAAACACUGCACAUAAUCCAUUAUUGCCUGCACAUGAAUUGUUCUCAAAUGUAUCAAAUUGAGGUCCUCUCGGGAUGCAUCCUUCAAGAUGACUGCGGGAGAGAUUUAAAACUGCAAAAGAUGUAAGAGAAGCAAGUUGUUGUGGUAUCUCUCCCGAAAUAUUGUUAAAUGAAAGAUCCAAUGAUUUGACUACAGAUAGUUUCCAAGUGAUGGUGGUAUAUGACCUUGCAAUCCAUUAUGAGACAGAUUCAACACCCGAAGCGAAAUGAGAUCUCCCAGAACACUAGGAUGUGUCCUUCAAAUUUGUUGUUUGAGAGAUCGAUAGUGGUGUGCAAAGACAAGAUUCUCACAGUUCAAGCUCCAGCCCCUUCGUUACAACACUUACUGAGUCUUGGUAAUAAUUAUUUAUUUCGGCACUUGGUGCCUUUAUUGUUGGAUCAAUUCUCCUCAUGGCUUUCAAAUUUUGAAAAAGACUUGUUGGUAACUCUGCUGUAAAAGCAUUACAAGAGAGAUCCAUUAUCCGCAACUGAGGAAACAAGUUUUUAAUCCUUGAAGUUCUAAUGGCACCAUGCAAUUUAUUGGAUCUCAAGCUUAAAACUUGUAGCUUUGGAAGAGUUCCCAACCACAAAGGGAAUGUGUCAUUGAGGUGAUUAUUUCCUAAAUCAUGAACUUCCAACUCUUUGCAAUUUGCCAAGGAUCUUGGAAUUUUUCCCUCUACCUUAUUGCCAAAGCUUUUCAGUCCACUUCCAAAUCUGAAAGUAGUUUGGAGAUUCCCAGAAAGACUUUUGUGUUGCAUAUCCAAAAUCUCGAGGAGUGAGUGGUUACAUAGAGACUAUACAGUUGUAUAAGUUAAUAUGAGGUUUGCGGCGGAGCUGCAGUGAUGGGUUCUUCUCUUCAGCAACCUAUUUGGGUUAGGGGAUCAGCUUUCCCUUUAAAGGGUCAAAUGAAACUAAAUGAGGUCAAAUUACAGUCUCUUAGGCCUUGCAAAGCCUCUCAAAUUGAUGGGAGUUUGGUCACAGGAAGGCCUCCUUCUUCAGUUUCUGUUCCUAUCCCAGAAAUGGCAGGUGUUGGGAUCAACUUUGUAGACUAUGGAUUGGGUGAAGCCGAUCCUGAAGUUUGUGGUAUUAUUGACAAAGAGAAGGAACGUCAAUUUCGAAGCUUAGAGCUUAUUGCCUCUGAGAAUUUCACAUAUCGAGCAGUGAUGGAGGCAGUGGGUUCUUGCCUUACAAACAAAUACUCCGAAGGACUACCAGGCAAAAGAUAUUAUGGUGGAAAUGAGUACAUUGAUGAGUUAGAACUUCUCUGUCAAGAGAGGGCUUUGGCAGCCUUUAACUUAGAUGGAAAACAGUGGGGCGUCAAUGUUCAACCCCUAUCUGGUUCUCCAGCAAAUUUUGAAGUUUACACAGCAGUUCUCAGUCCACAUGACCGGAUUAUGGGAUUGGACUUACCUCAUGGGGGUCAUUUGUCCCAUGGAUUUAUGACUCCUAAAAGGCGAGUUUCAGGCACAUCUAUUUACUUUGAGUCCAUGCCUUACCGACUUGAUGAAUCUUCAGGCCUUGUUGAUUAUGACAUGCUUGAGAAAACUGCAACCCUUUUUCGGCCAAAACUUAUUAUUGCUGGUGCUAGUGCAUAUCCACGAGAUUUUGAUUAUCCUCGUAUGAGAAAGAUAGCAGAUGCUGUUGGAGCCUUUCUCAUGAUGGAUAUGGCUCACAUUAGUGGCCUUGUUGCAGCCUCCGUAGUUGCUAAUCCAUUUGAAUACUGUGAUAUUGUCACCACCACAACUCACAAGUCUCUAAGAGGUCCUAGUGGAGGAAUGAUCUUCUUCAAGAAAGAUCCCGUCCUAGGUGUUGAUCUGGAAACUGCCAUCAACAAUGCAGUUUUUCCUGGCUUGCAGGGUGGUCCGCAUAAUCACACAAUUGGAGGACUAGCUGUUUGCUUGAAGCAUGCCAAAUCACCUGAUUUCAAGGCUUAUCAGAACAAGGUGGUCUCUAACUGUAGAGCUCUUGCAAGCCGGUUAAUGGAGUUGGGGUACAAGCUGGUCUCUGGAGGAACUGACAAUCAUUUGGUUCUACUGGAUCUCAGGCCCUUAGGUCUUGAUGGUGCUAGAGUGGAGAAAAUACUUGACAUGGCAUCAAUCACGCUCAAUAAGAAUUCAGUAGCCGGUGAUAAAAGUGCACUAGUGCCAGGUGGUAUACGCAUAGGCUCACCUGCAAUGACCACUGGAGGUUUCUCAGAGAAAGAAUUUGUAACCGUUGCAGACCUCAUUAACGAGGGUGUGCAGAUAACUCUCGAGGCCAAGAACUUAGUCUCUAGUUCUAAACUCCAAGAUUUCUUGAAGUUUGUCACUUCUCCGGAGUUCCCUUUGAUCGAUAAGGUGUUAAAUUUGCAAAGCAGAGUUGAAGCUUUGACAACCCAAUAUCCAUUGCCCGGCUUGUGAUGAAACAUUGGUGGAGAUUCAAUUGCUUGUAAUAGCAAACUGGUUCUAUGAAUUGUAUAACAGGCAGAUUUUUGCCAUUUGAUAAUGUAGGAUGAUCGCAUGAACUGUUAUGUAUAAUAGUUUGCCUUCAGAUAAUAAA